UGCCCACAGGCCUCGUAGUCGCCGCGGACGCCCUACUUGCGCUUGGAGUCGCCAUUUUGCUCCUAGAAACAUCGCCUGGAGACCUGGUCCUUUCUUCCUUCGGCAGCGGAGGCUGCGGCGGGGCCGGGGCUGGGGUCGGGGCCAGGAAGAAUUUUGUUGUCAGAGCACAAAAGGAGGUGGUCGGUCCAUAAUUGACUUGAAGCAGCAAACAGUAAAGCACUGAGCUCGUCAGCUCUGCCUUUCUUGAUCUGAGAAUUGGAAAACCAAGAAGGUUUGAUGUUUUGUGUGGCGCCACCUGAAUUAGAAACCAAGAUGAACAUAACCAAAGGAGGUCUGGUGUUGUUUUCAGCAAAUUCUAAUUCAUCUUGUAUGGAGCUUUCAAAGAAAAUUGCUGAGCGGCUGGGGGUGGAGUUGGGCAAAGUGCAGGUUUACCAGGAACCUAACCGAGAAACAAGAGUACAAAUUCAAGAGUCUGUGAGGGGAAAAGAUGUUUUCAUCAUCCAAACUGUUUCAAAGGACGUGAACACCACCAUCAUGGAGCUCCUGAUUAUGGUGUAUGCAUGUAAGACCUCCUGCGCCAAAAGCAUCAUCGGCGUGAUUCCCUACUUCCCGUACAGCAAACAGUGCAAGAUGAGAAAAAGAGGCUCCAUUGUUUCUAAAUUGCUGGCUUCAAUGAUGUGCAAAGCUGGUCUGACUCAUCUUAUUACUAUGGAUUUACACCAGAAGGAAAUUCAGGGCUUCUUCAAUAUUCCUGUUGAUAAUUUAAGAGCAUCUCCUUUCUUACUACAGUAUAUUCAAGAAGAGAUCCCGGAUUACAGGAAUGCUGUCAUUGUGGCCAAAUCUCCAGCCUCAGCCAAGAGGGCACAGUCUUUUGCCGAGCGCCUGCGACUGGGAAUCGCCGUGAUUCACGGAGAAGCUCAGGACGCUGAGUCUGACCUGGUAGAUGGGCGGCACUCGCCGCCCAUGCUCAGGAAUGUGGCCGCCAUCCACCCCAGCCUGGAGAUCCCCAUGCUGAUUCCUAAAGAAAAGCCCCCAAUCACAGUUGUUGGCGAUGUGGGAGGAAGGAUCGCCAUCAUUGUGGAUGACAUAAUCGACGAUGUUGACAGCUUUCUCGCUGCAGCAGAGACCUUGAAGGAAAGAGGUGCAUAUAAAAUCUUUGUGAUGGCGACGCAUGGCUUGUUAUCUUCAGAUGCUCCCCGACUGAUUGAAGAAUCUGCCAUUGACGAGGUGGUGGUUACCAAUACAAUUCCACAUGAAAUCCAGAAGCUCCAGUGCCCCAAAAUUAAAACUGUGGAUAUCAGCAUGAUCCUUUCAGAAGCCAUCCGUCGGAUUCACAACGGGGAGUCCAUGUCGUACCUUUUCAGAAAUAUAGGUUUAGAUGACUGAACAGCUUCCCUUCCGUAAAACUCCCCAGGGCCAAACUGGAAAUGUGAGCUGCAUACUGUGAGGGGCCUGCCUGAUUGGGUGGGUUUCCCAGGGGCGUUGUGUUUUGUUCCUUUCUUCUCGUUAAUUCCUAUGAAGACACACCAACUUUCUAAUGUCAGUUUGGAUGUUUCAGAGUUUUUUUGGCAAUUUUUAUAAAAGAAAAAUUAUAUUCUCCUCUUAAAUAAACUAAGUUAAGACCUGUUGUUUUUAGUUUAUUAAAUAUAACUUGGAAUAAGAUUUUUAAGUUCACAAAUAGCCUUUUUUCAAAAUUGUUGGAGCCUAAGUGCUUGAAAAAUUUAAUAAAAUAAAUGAUACCUGCAAUUGAAAAGCCAAAAAAAUUAUACUGUUGAAUCUAGUAGAUGACAUUUUUAGAAAUGAUUUUAUAGAUAAGCAUAUGGAAUAUGUGACCAUUAUUUAUUUUCUGCAACAAAAGAAGGAAUAAAAGCUUACUGUGUUUGUGUGUGUUU